AGGACACGACAUUGUCGUCUCUCUUAAUUUACCGUGGCCGCCUGCGGGAAACUCGGGGUUUCUGCGACCAUUAGAGGUGGGCGGUUCGAUAAGGUUCGCGCGACAAUCAAAUCGAACGGACAACAACGGCAGGAGGAGCUGCCGAAGCGGCGCGGACGGAAACGUCGCGCGGGACUGAGGUUAGGUCAGUGGGGGCCGUUAGCUCGCGCCUCGGCCGUUCCAGCUGAUAAUGUUCGAUGGAAUGGAUAUAGUACACGAGUCGUUACCCUUCGCCGAUCGGCCGAGAUCAGUUUCUAGAAGUGAUCCUGGGCCGCGGGGGCAAAACCCGCAUAAAAGAGAUCAUUGUAUUUCAAAAUUGACUGGAGUCAGUUCUUGCAAAAAGAAACUUUCAAAGAGACCAGGGUACAUGAGAAAAGAUGUUGAACAAAGGUUGAAUCACCCUCCACUUGUUGAUGUCCAAUUUGUAUCACCACAAGUUGAAAAUGAAAGAAUCACUUGUUCCAACUUGCCUUUUAAUAACAACAAGCUGGUGGAAUGCUUAAAUAAUCUUAAGCACUUAAGGGAUGUCAAAACUGCUGAUCAGAGUACAGUUUCAAAUCAUGUGGCUGCUGAAAAUCCUGUAGUUGCAGCUUCUAGGUCAAAUAUGAUGUCAGAAAACAUUCAGAGUUCUGAUUCUACCUGUCGGUGGACUGAUGAUUGUAAUGACUCCUGUAACACCAGAAUUAAAACUUGCUUCAAGUGUUUUUCAUCAGGUUCUCUCCAGAAGCAAGAUGCUUGCCUUACACAGAGUGGAAGGGAUAACAGUAAUGCUGUAAAUAAGCCACAAGUUAUUGCUAGUCCAAAGAAACAAGUAGAUAAUGAAAACUUUCAAAAACUGCAGCUUUGGAACACAGACGAAGAAAUAUGUUCGACUAAUGCCUUCAUUUCCAGCUUCAGUUUCAUACAAAUGUCAUUGAAUUAUCGUAGCAUUAAUGCUAACAGUAAAGAUGAACUGCAGCAGAAUGGAUUUGUUUCAAAUUUACAGUUUCCCCAAGCUCAGCCACAUUUGAGUUUGUAUCAAGUUAGUACUUUAGCAACAAAGCAAUUCUACUCCAAACCUUUAAGGGAUACUGUUGAGCCUCCUUGUCCAUGUUUGUCUCAAAGUGUUGACAUUAAAUGUGCCAUAAACACAGAAUCAAAGGGCAGUUCUCAGAAUUAUGACUCUCUCUUAUUAGAUGUAGACUUUCCAUUUCUGCGUUCAGUUGAUUAUUCUGAUGAUUCUUCAAAUUCAUCUGUAACUUCAGGGUAUGAGAGCAACAUCACUGCCUUUGAUCAAAACUGUUACUCCUUUUUGAGGAAGUAUGAACAGAUUCUUCAAGAUUGUCUGCUUGAAAACAGGAUGAUAUUCAAGCAUCAGUCUUUGAUCUUAAAACUGAAGAAACUUCAGAAGAAGGCUGUAUGGGAAGAUGAUUAUGAAAAAGCUGACCAGUUCAACAAGAAAUUAGCUGAGUUGAAAAGAGAGAAUUCCUUAAAGUUCCAGCUACCUUCCUCCCAUCCUUGUAUUGCAAGAUUUGUGCAAGAAAUUGAACUUCAAGAACAAGUUGCUGAGCAUUAUAACAAUCCAGGUAAUUUACUGCAAAGUGUAGAAGAGAGAUUUUCAGAUUCAACACCUCAUAAUCUACACAUGUCAUGGUCAAGGAAAAAACAACUUAUUCAAGACAGACAACAAUUACAAGAAGAAAUCACUGAUCUUAAAGAACGACUGGCAGUAUUGGAAGCUAAAGACCAUCAACUGCGUUUAGAAAUAGAAGAAGAAACCAGACUUGUACAGUCAUAUGAUUAUGAACUUCCUUCUUUAUUGACUCUCUCAGCGAAUGAAUUACAAGAUCUGAAUAAGACACUGAAAGAUGUCCUGCCGUUAAGAAAUAAAAUCCUGUUCAAUUCAAAGCUUCCUGAAGAUAUGAAGAGGCUGCAUCUGAAAGAACAGUCACUAAUUAUGGCUAUUAAGACAGCUGCUACAAAGAUCUUCACUAGCCAAAGACUAUGCAGCAAACUGAGUGAGAAGGCGAGUGACAUUGAAAUGCAGCUUCCAAUUCUCUUAGAAGCCAAGAUGUUAGCAAUAUCAGGGCAUGAAUUCUCCACUGCAAAGGCCCUUGCUGAAGAGUUCAAAUAUUUGAAUUCCAAGAAAAUUGAACUUGAAGAACUUAUCAAUGACCUGCAGGAUUUUAGUAUUAAGAAGGCUCAACAAUUAGAAACCAUCAGGGAGGAAUACAAUAGUCUGAGGGCUCAACUGGAUCAAAGAGAAGGAUUAUUUGAGAAGAACCUGAAGGAAAAUAUUUUUGCGUAUAUGAAAGUCCUAGACGACAAACUUUAUAGUUGUGGAAAUCAGCUACUUGAGAAAGUAUGGGAAGCAGACUUCAAGGCCUGUCAACUCUUUUUCAAAAGUCUACAGCUGCAAGAGGAAAAUUUCUGUGGCCCUGAAAGGCAAGAGUUUCAACCAAAUGAAGACAGCAAUGCCGUUGAAGAUGCAUGCAUAGAGGUUAAAGACAAAGAUGAGUCUACCUUUCUAAGUAAACAAGAUUGGUGUUCUGUUCCUGAUCAAAAAGAAACUGAUUUGUCAAAGGUGUUAACUAAAUGUUCGUUUAGUAUUAAGGACACACAGUCAGAGAUUACAUUUAAAAGUUCUGCAGUGGACAUAGGAGUACAGUGUGAAACAAUUAGUCACAAACUGGUGUAUUUGGAAGACCAACUGCAAAUGGCAAUGAACAAUCAUGACAAGAGUCUUACUCAGCAUCUACAGAGAGAAGUCCAGAUGGUAAAAGAAACACUUCAGGCAAUGUUGAAACAGCUUUUGCCCGAUGAAGACGAAAAGGAGUUAGGAGAUUUUAUAAUCAACAGCUGGUGACUAAGAAAGUAAUUAUUUGAAGGCAAAUGUGUCUGAUGUUGCCUUAUGACAUUCCAUUUGACAAUAGUCUUGUUAACUGUAUCAUGUCUUGGCAAAUCCUGAAGUCAAGUUCAUUAAUUACAAAAUAUAUAACUUGGUUACUAAUAAUGCACUUAAUUUAGUUUUCAAAAGUUCAAAGGCCAGUAUUUAAAUUUAAUAGUUUAACAUUUGCUGCCUUGUAUCAAUGACUUUUUUAAUAUCACCUUAAAGCAAAGGAGAUAUUUAUACAAUGAAAUACAAUACAGCGCAGGAACAGGCCAUUUGGCCCACCUAGCCUAUGCCGUUUCCCAGCCUUAUUUAGACCUGCUACUUAUUGCCUAUAAAUGGUUUCUAUCCCUCUGUCCACCUACCAUUCGAGCGCCUAUUAAGAUAUGCCUUCAACAUUGCUAACGUGCUUGAUUCCACCACCUCCACUGGCAGUAUUUUCCAGGCACCCACCACCUCUAUGUGAAAGGUUUUCCCCACACUUCUCCCAAAUUUACCCCCCUCUCACCUUGAACCUGUGCCCCCUUGUAGUUGACCUUACCACCAUGUGAAAAGGCCUCUCACUAUCCACCCUACCUAUGCCUGUCAUAAUUUUAUAGACCUCUGUCAGGUCACCCCUCAAUCUCUGUUUUUCCAGUGAAAACAAUCUGACUUUAUCCAACUUUUCUGCAUGACCUAAACCGUCCAGGCAACAUCCUAAUAAACCUUCUUGCACCUACUCCAAAGCAUCAAGUCCUUCUGGUAGUGUGGCAGCACGAACUAUACACAGUAUUCUAAAUGUGUCUGAACUAAAAUUAUAUUACAGCUGUACAAAACUUGCCAACUUUUAUAUUUGAUAGACCAGCCACUUUUUUGACCACCUUGUCAACCUGUGUUGCCUGUGAACCUGUAUGCCCAGAUCCCUCCGGAUGUCAAUUUUCCUAAGGGGUCUACCAUUAUUGUAAAAUUCACACCUGAGUUUGGUCUUCAAAAUGCAUCACCUCACAUUUGUCCAGAUUAAACUCCAUCUGCUGUUUCUUUGCCCAAAUUUGCACUCAAUCUGUAUCCCACUGUAUCUUUGACAAUCAUCCUCACUAUAUGCAAUCCACCUAUUUUAAGUGUUAUCCACAAAUCUAAUCAUCAGACCACCCCUUGCGGAACACCGCCAAUUACCAAUCUCCUUUCAAAAAGUACCCUUCCACCAAAACAUUCUCUUCUAUGACCCAGCCAGUUUUGUAUCCAUCUAGCCAGCUCACCCCACAUUCCUUACGAUUGUCUAAUACAAGAAACAAAGAUAGAAGAAUCCAGUUUUUUUCACAUGCAAACAAAUGGAAACAUUUAAAAUAUAUCUGCUCUUCUAAAAGGUAAACAUUUUUAAAAGGUAAACAUUUUUAAAAGGUAAUCAAUUUUCUUUUUGUAAACCCAAGGUAAAGUAGUGCCGCGUUACAUACAGACAAAACAUAAAUAAAAAAUUUCUUUUUGCAAGAUCGCAAAAUGUAGCUCCCUGGUUUACAGCAUAAGGAGGCAGAUAAUCCAGUUGGUGCCAUUUAAGAAUACAUCGUGCUGUAUUCAUAAUAUGUCUACUAAGAGCUUCAGGAUUGAAUACUGUUAAAAUUGAGCCCACUGCUGGGCCCAUAAUGUAAUGCCUGCAUACAUCAAGGACAAACUAAUUAGUCUUUUAAAACAGCCUGAAGAAUAUUCUGAUAGCAUUCGUAAACAUAACUUGCCUUGAAAUAAAAGUUCAGUUGUGAUGCACAAGGGCACUGUAUACAGAAAAGAAAGACUACAUUCUCUCCAUAUUUUAUAAAGUAUUUUGCUUUUGGUCUGGAUUUAAAGCCAUUUCAUAAUUUCUAAUUGAAGCAAAAGCUGAGUAGCACUUCUUCAAAUAGUCCAAGCAGUGAUUGACAGACAGCAGAAGGCUGGCAGAGGUUAACAAGUGUAUUAUCAUAAAUUUGUAAUUUACAUAAACACUAGUUUCCACCUUUCUCUUCUGCACCCUUUCACAUGUCCAGAAGCCAAUCUCACCACUAGGAAAAACCCAGUUCUGCUUUUUAAGAACCACCACCAAAUCCCCCAUGUCACAAGUUUUAAAAAAACAAGCUACAAACAAUGUUCACCAGGGUUAGUCAACAAUAACAAAAGGGAAGGAUAGUGAAAGAGGGAGGGGCUAAAUUAAAACCGAGUUGGAAGGGGAAAUAAUACACCCAAGCAUCAUGGUACUCAUCUUUCUGUAAAUGCCUCAAGGGUGCAUAAGAACCUAACUCUCUUUUAUUUAAUAACCACCACCACACCACCCAUGUCUCUCUAAAUUAGCCAGCAUUGCCUCCUAGGUACCAGGUUUAGCCUUAAAGGAGCAUGGAUUUCUAACACUGACAGGCAGCACUCAAUAUUGGCUGGUGUCAAAAGAUGUAUAUUUUCCAUAUCAACGUGGAAUGAUACCAGCCCCUAAUGUUGAAAGUUCAAUGUUAAAACAAAAAAUUAAUAGAGUAAACUGUUCUUGGGGUUACAAGCUAUAACAAAGGACAAAAUGUUUUGUUCGGCAAUGGCAGUGCAAACUUACAUCUCAUUUGUUUAUUGUCUAUUGUAUAUUGUCUAUUUUCAUGAAAUUACACAGUUGCAGGCUUAUUUUGUGCAUGUACAAGAAGCAGAACAAAUUUUGUGGCUGUAUUGGUAAGAAAUCACAUUACUGCCAUCACCUUAUGGGAUCAAAAUUCUUAGAACCAGAUUUAAAGGAAACCCAGACAGGCAUUCAUUCCUUGCAAGCCAGAAGCAUUACUUGGGCACUUGGUCUGAACACCUUGUCUAGGCAAGGGUAGAAAAGCCAGACUUCCACCUUUCCGUAGACAGUUUCCUUGACCCAUGCUCAUUACAUUCCAACCUCCCUCACUUGAUCAUCCUCUCUUUCCAAUGCAUCAGUCCA